CUCAGCCCGCCUCCCCGUCGGGAAGGCGCCGAGGGGGGAGCGGGUGGAGGGGGCACGGCAGCGGCAGGGACGCGGCCGCGGCGAGGCAGCCGCAAGGGGAGCGGAACAAAGCGCGAAGGCGCGGCGGGGGCAGAUGACAGCCUGGCCCGGGGGCUCUCCUCCCGCCUGUGUCACCCGGGCGGGGUCACCCCGCGCUCGUACCUGACCAUGACCCCGCGCCGGUCCCGGCUCGGCCACCCCGGCGUUUCCCGCUGAAGGGACCGGCUCCUUUCCGACCUCCCUCGGUCCCUUCCUCCUCCGCCUCCUCGCUGCUGAGGCUGCCGCCUCUUCCCGGAGCCCUGCCGAAGGGAUGGGCUGCAUCGGAUCCCGCACUGUGGGGAAUGAGGUGAUUGCAGUAGACUGGAAGGGACUGAAAGAUGUAGACCAAAUCAAUAUGGACAGCACCAGUUCACUCCAUGGCAGCAGCUUCCAUCGACCUUCCACUGAGCAAACACGGACAGAUUUCUCCUGGGAUGGUAUCAAUCUCUCCAUGGAAGAUACGACCUCCAUCCUCCCCAAGCUGAAACGCAACUCCAAUGCUUAUGGGAUUGGGGCUUUGGCUAAAUCAUCUUUCUCUGGGAUAUCUCGCAGCAUGAAGGACCAUGUCACAAAGCCAACGGCUAUGGGCCAAGGCCGUGUGGCUCACAUGAUUGAAUGGCAAGGCUGGAGCAAAGGUAACAGCCAGCAGCAGCAGCACACACAUGAGACAGCACGCAAAGAUGCUGAUGCCUACUCAGACCUGAGUGAUGGUGAAAAGGAGGCCCGGUUCCUUGCAGGAGUGAUGGAGCAAUUUGCUAUCUCUGAGGCAACUCUCAUGGCCUGGUCCUCCAUGGAUGGUGAGGAUGUGAGUGUAAACUCAAAUCAAGAGAACCCAGCAGGCAACUACUCUGAGAACUAUCAGGAGCUAAUGGAGAGCCAAGAGCAUAUGGCCCAGACGCAGUAUGACAGCUGGCCUCAUUCCUACGUCUCACAGGGCAUGUAUUGCUUAGGUUCGUCCGAUGCCUGGGAGACCAGUGACCAGUCCCUCAUUGCUUCCCCUGCAACUGGCUCCUACUUAGGCCAGAAUUUUGAUGAGUCCCAGACGAACCUUCAAGAAAGCAUUUUGUUUCAGAGCAGCUUUCUCCAGCAGCAACAGCUGCAGCAACAGCGGCAGGAGCAGAACUUCAUCCAGAGCACAGGCCUGGUCCAUGUGUGGCCCCUGCAGACUGCUCAGGGUGGGGCUGAGUCCAGCACAUACAUGGAGGACCACAUUGAGGAUGAGGGGAACCCACGGCUGGAGAAGGCUCCUCUCCUAAACAAGAAGCCCUCUCCAGAGGAGGAUGAUGCAGUGUGCCGGGACCUGGAAUCACUGUCUCCUCGAGAGGAGAUGGAACAUGCUGCACUGAGCCGCAAAGUCUCAGAUGUCACCUCCUCUGGGGUGCAGUCCUUUGAUGAGGAAGAGGGAGAAACAAACAACUGAUGCUUUCUGUGAAGUUCUCAUCACUGCUGAACAAAGAAAGGGGUGUCAAGGCAUGACAUGACAGGGAUUUUUCUCUCCAGCUCCCCAUACUUCCAAGCAGACAAACCUUCCGUUCCUGACAUUUAAUUAUUUUUUUAAACGAAAGGAAAUCUCAAAGUGAUUGACACAUGAAGACCUCUUUUUCCCCUCCACCAUGGACACGUAUUUUUGAUUUUCAUUGCUCUGGGCAAGACGUGAGGUGCUUGGAGAGAUCUGGAUUGGUAAAUCAUUUCUAAAUCUUUUUAAUGCAAAGUCUUGGCUGUGGAUACAAACUCUUCUGGUACUGGGGAUGUGGCUCAUAAGACAGGCUUGGUAUAGGGAGCAGCCAUGUGACUAGAAUCCAUCCUGGCAGAAUGGAUAUUGCUCUGUGGACAUGGUCCCCUUUGAUAGAAUAUAUGAAUAUAAACUGGUUUAAAAUGAAGAUACGGCUUUACAAAUAUAGAUUGCACUAGUAUUGUGAUUUUGGCUUAUAUAGAGGAUAAGGCUGUAUUCAAUACAGACUGUACUGAGAUGAAAGAUUCGCUGUGUAACCACAUCCUCAAUUGCACCUUGAUAUGAAAUUGUAGGCUUGAUGGAUACAAACUGCACUCCAUGGGCAUGGGCUGUGCUGCAGGACAGAUGGUGUGGCUCUGUGGGCAUGGCUCUACUGUGGCAUGAAGAAUGGAUGCAGAUAUGAAUCUAACCCUGCUCUCAGAUAUUCAUGCUUUGGUCUCUUUCUAAUCUUUCAUUUAUUUGUUUCUCUCUGACAUUUCUACCUGCCCAGUAGCUGGCAAGAGUAGUGUGUCCUUUUGGCAUUGGGCACUGAAUGCCAGUGGAGAGGACAUUUUCAGCUACAGAGACGGUCAUAAAAAGCUGACUUUUGCAGGGGGCUUGAGAACACGUCCAUCUUGGUGCUGCUGCUGUAUUCUUCUGUCUUUUCCCUUGCCAGCAGUAUGGGGAGACCGGGAGAGCAGGUAGCAGAUCCAGGAACAAUGUGUACAGCUAUGAGAUCACAGAUAUCCAGUUUACAUUGGAGUUUUCAGGUUUUGCCCCCCCCCUUUUUUUAACCUUUUUGUAUUGCUGGGUAAGUGUUCCUAACAAAGCAGUUAAUAGUGGGAAAGGCCUGUACACCAGUCAUCACCUAACAGAAAUACUGCACCUUUCCCAUUUCUGCCACUUCUUCUGCAGUGCCAAAUGUAGCUGGAGGAAAAGGGGUGGGAGGAAGGGUUCUCCUCCUGUUUAUUUCUUCUUCCUGCCUAUAUUUUCUUAUUUUGUUUUCCUACCCCCAAGCAAUGUAAAUGAUGCUCAGUACUUGGUCUGUUUCUUUUCCCUCCCAUCUCUUUUCUAGGAGUGGAGAAAGCUGAUUUCAGGAGUUUUCCCUAUUUGUAUGGGUUCAAUAUUUUUUUUUUUUAAAUAUGGUUCAUUGACCAGGGGGUAUUCGGACUCUUGCAAUUCCUCACCAUAUUUCUACAGACCUCCUUUUGGCAGGGAGUGGUUUUGAAAGGAAAUUGAACAAGCUGUCUCCUCUCAAGCUCUCACCAGAAAAUAAAAGAGAGCAAAAGAAAAAAUUGUACAAGGCUGUCAAUUUUGCUAGAGGACUGAACAGAACCAGCAGAGAUUACCCAAGUGCUGAGUUUUAAUUGCAAUACCUCUUGCAAGAAAGCAUCAGCAAAGCAUGCGUUUAGAUCAGAUGCUAGAUCUGAUGAGCUAGAGAAAGGAAUUUGCCUGGGAACUGCCAUACUGUCCCAGGGGCAAUUCCUUCUCACUUACUCUGUCUCAUAUCUACUCUGUUCAUGGUACAUUUGUCUCUUCUUUGCCUCCUCUUAAGGCUUGGUGUAUUUUUUGGAUGACAGGGGAGUGAUACAUGCUUCUUUCCUGAUUCAGGUUGAGAUCCAGCAUAUUUGCAGGGAAGAAUGUCUGAGGAGAAUAAAAUGUGACUGAAGUAAUAUCAUCAAAUGUCAGAGUUCACACAGUUCCUGGCAAGCAAAGCAGACGAUGUCCAGCAAUUAUGAAAAGUACGAAUGGGACUCUCAGGUAGAACUUUACCCCACUCAGCUUUCUCUCACUUACACAGGCAGCUGCAGGAAGAGGGUCUCCUCUGUGAAUGCCCAAGUCUUUCCAGCCAAGUCCACUUCAAGCAGAUCUGUCUUCCCUCUCCAUUGCACCUUUAAAGGAAAAACCUUUGGGAUAUUUAAAUAAGACUGGUAAUAUGGUGUAGGUAAGAGAUAAAAGUUUUUGUGUCCACCUUUUUUACCCAUUUGCUUGGGCUUGCUUACAUCUCCCUAAAGAGGUGGCAC